AUGUCGAUUCAAUAUACAGCAGAAUCAGCUUUGCAUUUAUUGGAAGAACUCUAUAGAGCAAUUGAUUUAUCAAGUCAACAACAGAGUCCCAUGUCGAUUGAUGACAGUGAAAAUCUUGUUCAAACUCUAUGUCAUCUUUCUCAACUCAUUAACCAUAUUAAUCAAACAGGCAUGUGUGAACAAACACAACAUUUAGAUACAAAUCGAUUUAAUCGAAAAAAAAUGAAAACUUUUAUCACACCUCAUCUGAAUAAUUAUGAUGAAAAUAUAUAUAAAGAUUCGGUAUCAAUCGUACCACCACAUUUUCAACAGUCUUAUGGUGGAUGUGUCUUAUAUCAUCCGAUAGUGUUACAUGAAAAUGAUUUUGCAAGUCGCAGUAGAUCGAGAGGAUCUCGUCUAUCUCGACAAAGUCGACGGUCAAGUCGUGGACGAACGAGUCAAUCACAUGAUCGUAGCUUACGUUCAAGUCGUCGUUCGUCUCGCAGUUCAAGACGAGAACAUCAACGAGCUCAUAGUCGAGGACGUAGUCGCAGUCGACGUCGUCGAGGAAGUUCACAUAAACGUCGAUCAACUGAUCGACAAUAUUUUGAUCGUCGUCAGAUACCUUCACGUCCAGUUUCAACAACAACAACACCAUUAUCUCCUUCUAAGCAGAUGGGCUCAACAUCAGUCACAAAUCAAUCAUCUUCGCAACAACCUAAUAUUCAACCUAUGUUUUCGUCAGUUCCUUCUACGACAACUAAUAUUAUUCCAACAUUUGCUCCAACUAUACCUUUACCUCCACCUCCAAUUACAUCUUCAUUACAUCAUUCUCAUCCAUUAAAUGAUCAAUCUUUAUCAUUGCAACAAGUUCCAGUAUCAGCAAAUAUACAACAACAGCAACAACCAACAUCACUAAUGUCACCGAAUUCUUUACUUAACAGUUCAACUCAAAAUGAUACUUUAUCUUCAAGUAUUCCACCACUUCAAACGACAACUACUAAUACAUUUACAUCACGUUCAGAUAAUUGUCCUGAAUGUCGAGCUAUUACACGUCUUCUUCAAUGGGCACCAUUAAAAUGUUAUGAUGCAGCAGGUAUACAACGUGGAGUUUUCUUAGCUGGACCAAAAAGUGAACAAUUACUUAAAGCAUUGUAUUCAUCAAUACAAGAUUCAGCUUUUUCAUUAGAUGAUAUCGAAGAUUGUUUAUGUGAUAAUGAAUAA